CGGCUGCGUCCGCGCGCUCUCUACGCGGAUCCGAGAAAAUGCCGAGCGCUCCAACAAAGACAAGGAGAAGGGACCACGUGUGCGAACCGGGAGGGUGCCUGACGGCGCAGGCCAAGGCUGGGGCACUAAAGACCCGUCUUGAGAUUGAGCCAGGCGUACUGUCAGGCAUCACUUCCUCCGAGAGGCCUGCCCCUUAGGCUGGGCGGGCGCGCAGAGUUGCCUCUGUCCCGGCACGGUUCACUGCGUUUCGGAACUUCCCAGUGACGCACCUGCAGCCCCCGCUGCACCUUGGGCCUGGGAGUGCUCUCCCGGUUCCCAGCGUGCGGCCCUAAAGACGUUCUUCAAAUGUUUGUCCAAUGGAUAAAGGACCGUGACCUCGAUUUUGACGGGAGCCCAAAGUCCAGAGGCCUGGGCGAGGCACUCAAUCGUCGACGGCUGGAUGCGUCUCUGCGCAGCCUUUUGGUGAAAAGCAGCAUGUCCGCCGGUAGUGCAAAAAAGACCUGUGAGCCCAAGAUGCAGCUGGACCGACUUCGCGAGUGGCUGAGAGCCGUGGCCUUCGGGGUCCUGCUUCUCCUUGUCCCGGGCCAGGGCCAGGACUCUGCCAGCCCCGUGCGGACCACGUACACGGGCCAGGUGCGGGGGAGCCUCGUCCAUGUGAAGAACACUGAUGUGGGGAUCCACACCUUCUUGGGAAUUCCCUUCGCCAAGCCACCUCUAGGGCUGUUGCGGUUUGCGCCCCCGGAGCCCCCGGAAUCUUGGAGUGGUAUAAAGGAUGGGACCUCCCACCCAGCCAAGUGUCUGCAGGACUUCGCUAGCAUGAAAGAAAUGACUCUGAAACUACUGAAUGUGACCCUGCCUUCUACUUCCAUGUCUGAAGACUGCCUGUACCUCAACAUCUACACACCUGCCCAUUCCCAUGAGGGCUCUAACCUGCCUGUGAUGGUGUGGAUCCAUGGUGGUGGGUUUGUCGUGGGCAUGGCUUCCAUGUAUGACGGCUCUGCUCUGGCGGCCUUCGAGGACGUGGUGGUGGUCGUUAUCCAGUACCGCCUGGGUUUGCUGGGCUUCUUCAGCACUGGAGACAAAUACGCAACUGGCAACUGGGGCUACCUGGAUCAAGUGGCCGCACUACGCUGGGUCCAGCAGAAUAUCGUCUACUUUGGAGGCGACCCUGACCAUGUCACCAUUUUUGGCGAGUCUGCGGGUGGCGUAAGCGUGUCUUUGCAUGUUGUGUCCCCCAUGUCCGAAGGACUCUUCCACUGUGCCAUCAUGGAGAGUGGCGUGGCCCUGCUGCCCAGCUUCACCGCCAACUCAUCUGAUGUGGUCUCCACAGUGGUGGCCAACCUGUCUGCCUGUGGCCAGGUUGACUCAGAGGCCCUGGUGGACUGCCUGCGGCGCAAGAGUGAAGAGGAGAUUCUGGCCAUCAACAAGCCCUUCAGCAUCAUCCCUGGCCUGGUGGACGGGAUCUUCCUGCCCAAGCACCCCCAGGAGCUGCUGGCCUCUGCCGACUUGCACCCUGUCCCCAGCAUCAUUGGUGUAAACAACGAUGAGUACAGUUGGAUCAUCCCCUCGGUCAUGAACAAUUCUGACACCCAGAAGGAUAUGGACAGAGAGACCAUAAAGGAUGGCUUGCAGAAAAUAUCAACAAUGAUGAUGAUGCCGCCUGAGUUUGGUGACCUGUUGAUGGAGGAGUACAUAGGGGACAGUGAGGACCCCCAGACCCUCCGAAUCCAGUUCCAUGAGAUCAUGGGGGACUGCAUCUUCGUGAUCCCUGCACUCCAAGUAGCAAAGUUGCAGUGUUCCUACGCCCCUGUCUACUUCUACGAGUUCCAGCAUCAGCCCAGCUUCUUCAAGGAUGUCAGGCCGAGCUAUGUGAGGGCAGACCAUGGAGAUGAGGUUCACUUCAUCUUCAGAAGUCCUUUCGGGAGCAGCCACAUCCAACUCACUGAGGAGGAGGAGCUGCUGAGCAGGAAGAUUAUGAAGUAUUGGGCCAACUUUGCUCGAAAUGGGAACCCCAACGGCGAGGGUCUGCCCCACUGGCCUGUGUUCAACCAGGAGGAGCAGUACAUGCAGCUGAACACGCAGCCUGCAGUGGGCCGAGCCCUGAAGGCCCACAGGCUCCAGUUCUGGACGAAGACCCUACCCCAGAAGAUACGGGAGCUAAUGGAGGCCAAGGAGAAGCACACAGAACUGAACUCGGAGUGGGCUUGUCCAUGGGUCCCUGGAGCCUGGACCAGCUGCCCAGUGGCCAGGAGAAGCAGGUGGGUUCCUCAGUCACUGCCUCUGGAAGUUUGUCUUCAUUCUCAGUGGUUCUGCAGACACUGUAGGGCCCAAACUUUACAUGACUGUAGCACAUCCAUGAAGAUGUUUAUCUGUGGGAUGUUUCCUGGAAGUAGGAUUGAGGGGUCAGAAGAUCCAGGCAUAUCUAGGAGAAGAGACUCUUGUCGGCUGGCUCCCAAGGGCCUCUUCAUCCAGGGAGGUCUCCUCUUGCCUUUUAGAAUUCCCCUUGCUACCCUGCCCCCCUCCCCUGCCCCCUCUGCUGAGCAUCGCCCAACUCACCAACUCACUGUGGGCAUCCACCUGAUUAGUUUUCCUACUUAUCUCAUUGUUUUCCCCAAACUUUUAUUCCGCCUGCACCAUCUGCCCCCCAACAAAAAAACCCUGUCUUAUAUUUUAUCUCAACAUGCAAAGAUACCAAUUAUGUUCACUCUGCCUGUUUGUGCCACCAAAGCACUUUCUCUCUAUCAUUAAGAAGCUGUAUCCCUCUUCUCGUAGAUCCAGGACUCCCUAUCUCUGACCCUCUGGGCACCAGGUUUCCCAGGAGGAAGGUCCCCCUUCUUUCUGCCCCACCAUAGAGCCUCCUGAAGUUGGGCUUGAAGGCUGGAGAUUCCUGCAUUGCCAACUAUGGCCACCAGGUGGCAGACUAGCAUAACCUUAAGGUUGAGAUGACCAACUCUGGAGCCGGAAGGGGCUUUCCUUCUAAAGAACACUGCCUGGUGCUAAUGCUUCCCCCCUGCAUCCUGAAAGCAUUUAUUGAGCACCUGUGGCAUGCAUGCCUCUAUGUUUUUCAGUCCUGCAUAUGCACAGUAUACUUCCCAAAAGUGGAUUCCCAGAACUAGUUUUUAGGACUAGUUUUAAUCUUAUUUUUUUAACAGCUUUAUUGUGGAAUAAUUUACAUACACUCAAAUUCACCCAUUUUAGGUGUACAGUUUGAUAAAUUGGGAUAAAUGUAUAAGACAUACAACCACCAUCACAUCAAGUUUUAGGAUGCAUCCAUUGCUCAGAAAAGUUCCUUUAGGGACUUCCCUAGUGGUCCAGUGGUUAGGACUUCGCCUUCUGAUGCGAGGGGUGUGGGUUCGAUCCCUGGUCGGGGAGCUGGGAUCCCACAUGCCUCGUGGCCAAAAAGCCAAAACAUAAAAUAGAGGCAAUAUUGUAACAAAUUCAAUAAAGACUUUAAAAAUGAUCCACAUCAAAAAAAAAUCUUAAAAAAAAAAAAGUUCCUUUAUGCCACUUUGCACUGCCCUGACCCUGCUCCCUCACAACCACUAAAUUGCUUUCUGUUGCUAUAGUUUGCCUUUUCUAAAAUGUCAUAGAAAUGAAAUCAUUUUUUUACCAGCUUCUGUCUCUUAGCAUAAUGUUUUUGAGAUUCAAUUAG